AUGGAUAUGAAAUUUCUAAGCACCACUACAUUAAACAAGAACAGUCGCUUAAAUACAUGGUCUCAGUUGUCUGGUAUGUUUACCGUGUUAAAUAAGCAUAAUGCCGAUAAUUUGGAUCAUCUUACGAAAGCCCUUGAAGAACUAAACAGCAUGGAGGACUUGCGUACGUCAUCACAUUUCCAGUUUUUGAUGGCACAGUUGGAAAUGCUCUUAAUUCCUUUAAAUAACCUUAAAUAUACUAAAUACAAUCUUAUAUUUGCUGUUGAACUCCUGUGUGUAUCGCCUGCUGCAUACAGAAUGCUGAGAGGGUCACGAACUGUGUUAUUGCCAAAACAGCAAAUGAUCAGGGACUUAAUGAGUCGUAGUGUAAACGGCAGUAACUUGCAAACUGCUUUUAAAGAACUUAAACCUGAACAGCGUCUUGUUAAUAUAUUGUUUGGCGAAGUUAAACUCAAGAGUGUCCUCCGUUUCACAGCUGGCCUUGUUGUUGGGUAUGCUGACAAUCAGCCAGAAAAGUUAGCUACUUCAGCACUAGCGUUUGAACUGGUUUGUCAUUAUGGCGGACCACGAUUUACUAUUCGUAUUAUUUCGGUUGCAAAACUUGAUGCAAACUCAUUGAAGGAGUACCUGUUAGAAGUUAUUACAACAAUCACACACUGCGGGGGUCGACCUAUAUCAAUAAUCUGUGACAACUGCCCAUUAAAUCAGCGGAUGUACAAGAACCUAGGUGGCCCAGGUAUUGUUCAAGUGCCAGACGACACAUUGCAUAUGUAUCUGGUUUAUGACUAUAUCCAAAUUUUUAAAAAUAUCAGAAACAACUGGAUAACAAAGUCGCAACAGAAGCUUAUUUUCCAAUUGGGUAGAAAAGAGUACAAAGCCUGCUGGAGAGAUAUUAUCCAUCUGUAUAACAUCGACAGCAAGACGCCUGUUCCACUUGUAUGCAAGGUGUUUGAUGAUAAGACUGUAGCAGCCUUUGAAGCAGUUAAAGACAAUUUAGAAUUUCAACGAGGUACAAUAGAAUUUGUCAAGUUAAUAACAAGUUGGUUCAAAAUGAUGAACGUCAAAGAUAGAUACAGUUACAUUAAACUCAAAGACGACAAACGAGAACCCUGGAAGUUUAAUUGCGAAAGUUUCAAAAAGUUGGAGUUCAUUUGCAAUGUUAUUAGUACGUGUAAGUGGCAAGAUACUGGAAAACGAUGUCAUAAGCUUACCAAAUUCACUGCCGACGCCUUCGUGGUAACUACAAAAUUCAACAUAGCUGCUUCAACCGAACUUCUCAGUGAUCACCAUUUCAGAUAUGUGGCCGUAACUUCAACACGACGAAGUCAUGCGAGCGUCAGGUCACCCCGUGUUGCCCGGGUGACAGGAACGCCAGUUGGUAUAUGCGAUCAAUAUGAAACGAAGUAA